UUUACUCUUUCUACACUUCAUUACUUCCAACAUGGCCACCUUCAACGAUAUCCGCGGAAAAUCCUUGGAGAGGGUUGUUCUUCAUGCUUAUUUAGGGUAUGACUCACUCAAUUUACCUUCACCUCACUCACAUCAAUAUUAUCUAGCCGGGGUCUGCAGAGAGUGGCGGAGGAUAAUACUACCGAGACUCUAUGAACGCGCAUUUAUUACUAUCACUUCUACUGAGCCAUCCUCUAGACUGCCAAAAGUCGAAUCCAACAUUAGAUUCGUUGUGGAAAAUGGCCUAUCAAAAUAUACCCAGAGGCUUUCUAUUGAAUGUCCAUGUGGAUAUGUUGCCUCUGGCCAUCUUGUCAAAUUUUUGGAUGGGCAACUGUUUAGCAAAGCAAGCUGGCCUUCCAUCUACUUUUUAUACAUAUUAGAGCGCUGUUCUUCCGCUUUUACAACUAACAGGCAGUUGAAAAUAAGAACCCGUGUGCUGGACCAUACUAUAAACCCUCUAUCCAACCUUAUCAGCCUUAGAAUGUGCCAACUUUCAUAUUUCGAUAUCGUAAGCGCUCCAAUUCAUUUCGUUAACCAUUCCUUCUCUAGCUCACUAACCCACCUCACUCUUCGUUUGAGCCCAGAGCAGACCACGCUUCCGUACAUAUACACACCAAAUCUUCGCAAAUUGUGGUUGUUAGAUAUCCCACCUAAUUUCUCAUGGAGGUGCUUUUACUCUGAGACCAAUAGCUCGUUCGACUUUUCAGAGCUUGAGGAAAUGGAUCUGCAUUAUUCAGCCACUUCAGCUGAUUCGACAAUAGUGACUUUCAGUUCCAACGUUAUACAUCGGCAUACAGCUGCUUUACGGAAAAUCCAUAUGCCAAAUAUUAAGCUGCUGACGCUAUCUAACAUCCUUCCUUCAGAUACAAAACUAUUUGCUCCACAUCUACCUGACGUUCAAGAGUAUAGCACACUCACAGAGGCUAUAUUCAGUUCAUUUUCAGCUGUAACAGAAGUCAGGUUUGAAGUUGAGCACUAUAUUCCAGUAUCUAUUAACGCUGUUGGAUGGUCGAAUAUAAGAGAGUUAAACUUUUUUGCCUUCACUUCCCUCACCACACUUUAUCGCUUCAUAUCCCAGCUACCCUUAUUAGAACUACUACGUCACAGCACUUCGCCAUAUCUCUUGGGCAGUUCAAAGUUCAGCAGCAAUCUAAAACGCCUUGCGUGCUUUUUUCACACAUCUCAUUUUCCGCUGGUAUAUAAUCUCGAUCCGCUCUAUGAGUUUGUCGCAAACGUCGUCAUGCUAAAAGAGGUCAGGGUUCCGGAAUGCUACUUACAAGACGUUAAGGAUCACUUCAGCCAAGCCGACAUAGAAGAACACCCACAUGUCCAGAAUAUCAGAUUCGAUAAAGUCUUUGAACAGUUCCGUAGUCCACAAUAAUAUAUAUUACCACUGUGACA